UUUAACAGGAAGCAUUCAAAGCAGUUGAAGAUAUUCAUGGAUUGAUCUGCCUGUCUAAGAAGAACCCAAGGCCUUCAUUAAUGGCCAACUACUAUACAAAGCUCGGUCUUGUGUUCUGGAAGUCUGGUAACCCACUAUUCCACGCAUCCACUCUUACCAGACUGUAUCAUCUAUCCAGAGAUCAGAGGAAGAACCUCUCACCAGAGGAACUGCAGAAGAUGGCAUCUAGAGUAUUGUGUGCCACUUUGGCAAUCCCGAUUCCAGCAGCUAGGAAUGCUAUCGAUACUUUACUUGAGAUGGGAGAGGAGACAGCGGAGAAACAAAGACGUCUGGCUUCACUCCUAAUGUUACAAAGUCCACCAAAGAGACAGGGACUUGUUUCUGAUCUGGCAAAACACAGUGUACCACAGUAUGUUUAUCCAGAGUUGAAGAAUUUGUUUAACAUUUUGGAGGUAGAUUUCCACCCUCUGAAGCUGUAUGAGAAUGUAAAACCAUGUAUGGACUUUAUUGCUCAGAAUGAUGACCUAGCCCAGUAUGUCCCAGCACUGGAGGAUAUCAUUGUUACACGCAUUCUUAAACAGGUAUCACAGGUGUACCAGACCAUAGAGAUGUCAAGAUUUGCUGCCCUCGUACCAUUUGCUACAACGUUUAGACUAGAAAGACUUAUUGUGAAUGCCUCUAGACAGCUAGAGCUACAGGUACGAAUUGACCAUAGAGAACAUUCUUUGAGUUUCGGUACAGACCUUGGUGUGAGCCAAAAAGAGGAGGUACCGGAAGGUCCGUACAUACAGCGCAUGCCUAGUGAAGUGAUAAGGAUGCAGUUGACUCAUCUGGCAACAGCCUUGCAACAAGCUGUGAGAACACUACAGCCCAGAGAAUCUAAUAACCUUAUGGUUCAGUUACAAGCCCAGAAAGAGGAUAUGAAGGCACAGAUCAUGAAUAAUUAUAAACUGACGGCAAAGAAGGAGCACACUCGUAUAUUGCAGAGAAGAUUGACCAUCGAGCAGAGAAAAGAACAGCUAGAGCACCUCAAUGACCAGAGAGAACGAGAAGAGUAUGAACAGCAAGAAGAAACCAAGAGAAAAGCUAUCGAGGCGGAGAUGGCAAGACUGGACCGUGAAGCUAAGGAGAGAGAACGUCAGCGUAUCCUCGCUGAACAACGUGACAUACAGAAAAAACAUGCCCUAGAGAGGAUUGAACAGCUGAAGAAGUCAGAACUUGGAGCCAGGGUCGUGCAGAAUAUCGAUGAAGAGGACUUAGCUAAGAUGGAUGUUGAUGAUAUUAUGGCUAAACAAGUUGAACAGCUGGAGAAAGAAAAGAAAGAUCUCAAUGAAAGACUUCGUAACCAGGAGAAAAAGAUUGACCAUAUGGCUCGUGCUAAAAGAUCAAAGGAAAUACCAUACCUUGAGAAGCAGUACGAAGAGGAAAGUGUACGAAGCAGGGAAUUCUGGGAGCAGCAAGAGAUUACAAGGAUAGAAAAAUUACAAGAAGAGCACGAGCUAGAGAUUGCCACACGAGACCGGAUGAGAAGAAUGAAGAAAGACACAACAGAUUUCCUCAUACAGCUCAAAGAUAGAAGGAAGAAACAGUACAGGGAAAAACUUGCUGCAUUUGAGAAGAAACUUAUUGAAGAAAGGAAAGCUAGGUUGGCUGCCAGAGUGGAAGAACGAAAAAUAGAGAGAAGAAAUAAGUGGACACAGGAGAAAGAAGAAGCUGAACAGAAGGCCAGAGAUGAAGCUCUGAAGAAAGAGCGUGAAGACAAGGAGAGGCUAGAACAGGAGACGAGAGAACGCGAGGAGCAAGAAUAUCAGGAAAAAAUGGCAAGACUGGAGGAAAUUGCUGCUAAACAGAAGCAAAGGGAAGCAGAAAUAGAGGAGCGGGAAAGAAAAAGGAAGGAAGAAGCAAGAGCUGAAAUGGAUAAAAGCAGAUCAGACAGGGGACCACCUCGAGAUAGAGAAGACAGAUGGCAGAGAGGUGGUGGCUUAGAAAGGCGUGAAGACGCAGGACCACCCACUGAGAGGCAACCUUGGAGACCUGCUGCAGGUGGUGGUUGGAGGGAGAGAGAAAAGGAAAAACAUGACUCCUGGAAGAAAGACCCAGAAUCUGGAGAUGAUAGACCAAUGAGUGAAGAACGUGUUAGAGAUGAUAGAGAAGAGCGUGGAGGCUGGCGUGACCGUGUUCCACCACGUGAUGAUCGACCUCCAGUAAGAGACGAAAGACCUUCUUUCAGAGAUGAAAGGCCACCUCGAGACGAUCGACCACCAGCUCGUGACUCAUGGAGAGAUCGUGAGGGUGGUAGAGAGGCAGGUCGAGAUCGCAGGUUUGACAAUAGAGAUAUUCGCCUUGACAAAGAAGAAAUGAGUCGUUUAGAUCGGGAACGUGGAGAGAGGGGAGGAUUUGAUCGUGGUACCCCUUCACGUGAUGGUGGUGGUGGGGCUUGGAGACGGGGUGGUGAUAAUAAAGAUGAAGACCGAUGGAGAAGAGACGAUGGUCCCAGAAGAGAUGAUGGUCCCAGAAGAGAUGAUGGCCCUAGAAGAGAUGAUGGCCCUAGAAGAGAUGAUGGACCUAGAAGAGAUGACGGCCCUAGAAGAGAAGGUGGCCGAGGUGAAAGUUGGCGUGACAGAGAAAGAGAUGGGGGAGGUGGUGGAAGUAGCUGGCGUGACCGUGAAAGUGCUGGUGGUGGCGGAGGUGCAUGGAGAAGAGGUGGUGAUGACAGAGGGCCGAGAGAUGAUCGUGGUCCUAGAGAUGACCGAGGGCCGAGAGAGGAUCGUGGUCCUAGAGAUGACCGAGGGCCGAGAGAGGAUCGGGCGCCGAGGGAUGAAAGACGUGGUCCUCCACCAAGAGAUGACAGAGAUGGCUGGAGAAGAGAUGGCCCUCCACCACAGAGAGAAAAACCUAGAGAAAGACCUGCUGGAGGAGAAGAUGAUGGAUGGACUACAGUCAAGCGUUAAAACACAACAACCUGAAAGUUAUAUACAAGUUCUUACUUCUUCAAAAUCAUGUUGUAAAUUUCUGCUAGAAUUCAGUUAUAUCAAUUUUCUUGUUUAAAGCUUGGAUUUCUCAUGUUAUUGGCGUUUUUUUUCCCUGCCAUAUUGGCAUUAUCAUUUUCAUGGGUUUAUAUGUUAAUUUAUAAGUUGGGUUAUUUGUAUAAUGUAUAAGAUUCUGUGAAGAUAUACAAAGUGUGAUCAUUUUACGUUUGAUGUAUAUGUUUGAUUAUUAAGUUACUUGAAAUUUGCCCAGAUAGGAUUGUGUCUUAUAGAUAUUUAAUAUUAAAUUUGUAUCACAUUUGUGGAAUUCAAAAUUUGGUUUGAAGCUAUUCAAAUACAUUUUGAAAUGGUAAUACGUGAGGAUUUUUUAUAGGAUGAAAAUAAAAAACCAUGCUGAAUUAUAAAACUGUUAAAAGCUUAAUGAAAUUAUUUAGUGCUAUAUUGUGAUUAUACUGGAGAUAAAUGUGAACUAUGUCAAGUGGAUUUGAAACUGAAUAUAACUUAAAUGAUGUAAUAAAUGGCUAUAGGACACUAUAUUUAAAAAUUUUCAUAACCACAAAAGAUGCAUUGAAGGAUGACAAGACUUUUAGUGCGGACAUCAUUGUGUAAACAGUACUAAAACAUUGAAAUAUUUAAAUCCAAGUCUUGUAUGAUAAUUAUUCAUUUUGCUUUGUAAAAAGAAUGGCUUAUAAAUAAUAGAUGCCAAAAAUUGUAAAAUCAGUUCUUCUAAUAAAUUAUUGCCACCUGAAA